AUGGCGGCUAGCGAACCCUUUCCGAUCCUCAACACCUCGGCGGACCAGUUACACACGGCCCCGGGCGAUGCGCCGAGGAGGAGGAGGAAGUCCAGCGCGUUGGAUAGGAUAGACGGCGAUGGAAAGACCAGACUUGCCAUGGACGGCCAUCAGGCCGAAGCACCGAAGCGCCUUUCGAAGCGCCGUAGAGCUAGGGGCCUCCUCUCUCGCUUUCGACACGCCAUUUCUCGGCAUAACUGCAUUCUCCCUGCCUGCAUCCUCCUCACGUUCGGCACUCUUUACGCUUUGAACCCCACCGAGGCGAAUCCGAUCCACCGCUUCAUCUUUCUCUCAUACCCCCUCGCCGCCGAGCCGGGCAAAGCUCAGCUCUACGGCAAAGGAUACUGGGAUAUCGCUUUUGCGUACACGGCCCUCUACUUUGGCAUUCUAGGGCCCGCUGGAAUGUACGUCAUGAGCAAGACCCCGUCUGGUACUACAACACCCGAGGCAUGUACGAGGGGUCCCCACUGGUACCAGGAGGGCAUCGUCAAGUUCUACUACCUUUUCCAGGCCGCCUACUGGGCCCAGCAGGCUAUCGUCCUGGUGCUCGGCAUGGAGAAGCCCCGCAAAGACUUCCGCGAACUCGUCGCCCACCACAUUGUCAGUCUGGCCUUGAUCGGCUGCAGCUACCGUUUCCACUUUACCUACAUUGGCCUCGCCAUCUACACCACCCACGACAUUAGCGACUUUUUCCUUGCCACCUCCAAGACUCUCAACUACCUCGAUUCGCCCAUCGUCGGACCGUAUUAUGCCCUCUUCAUGGGUGUCUGGAUCUACAUGCGCCACUACCUCAACCUCAAGGUCAUCUACUCCCUCUUCACCGAGUUCAAGACGGUUGGACCCUACGAGUUGGACUGGGCGGGUGGUCAGUUCAAGUGCGAAAUGGCGUUCUGGAUCACCCUCAUUCUCCUAUCUUCCCUCCAGGCUCUCAACGUCUUCUGGUUGUAUUACAUUAUCCGAAUCGCCUACCGCUUCGUCCGCGACAAGCAUGCGACGGAUGAAAGGUCUGACGAUGAGGGUGAGGACGAUGAUGAGGAGCCCGUCGUCGAGGCUUCCUCUCCAAAGAAGUCGAGUUAA